AUGAUUGAAAAUAAAGAUAUCCUAUCUUGUAAUGAAGGUAUAAAACCAAUAAAUCGUUUAAAAAAUCGUUAUAAAGAUGUUUUACCAUAUGAUAAAUCUCGAGUAAUUCUUAAAUGUGAGAAUGAUUCCGAUUAUAUCAAUGCAUCAUUUAUUGAAGAUUUUAAUGGAUAUCAUCGAUAUAUAGCAGCUCAAGGACCUAUUGAUGAAUCUAUCAAUGAUUUUAUUCGUAUGAUUUGGGAUUUUCAAAUAACAUCAAUUAUUUGUACAGCUAAUGAUGUUGAAGCUGGACGAUUCAAAUUUCGUCGUUAUUGGCCUAAUAAUGAAGAAUCAUGUCAAUUUGGUUUAUAUCAUAUUGCUAAAGAUCAAUCGAGUGAUAAAUCUUACAGUUGUAAUGAUUAUGAAAUAUGUCCAUUAGUAAUUACGCGAGAAGAAACUCAACGACAUGUAUUACUUUAUCAUUUUUUACAUUGGCCAGAUCAUGAUACACCAAAUGAUGAAGCACCCAUACUAGAUUUACUUCUACGAUUAUAUAAAAAUCGAGAUUCUUCAAUAGAUUCACCUAUACUUGUACAUUGCAGUGCUGGUUGUGGUCGAACUGGUAGUAUAAUUGCAAUUGACCUAUGUCGUUUAUUUUUAAAUGAUGAGCAUUUAUUUUCAAAUCAAGAUUAUCAACCAUAUCCUGUGUUUAAAAUAGCAUCACAUAUUCGUCAAUUUCGUAUAGCAUUAAUUCAAACUCUUGUAAAAAAA